AUUCUCCUCCUAGUUGCCUGUGGGUGAGGUGGGGCUCAGACCACAUGCUUCCCGUGCCCCCAGAAUCUGGGCAUGGGUUGAGAAGGGGCCCGACGGGGUCUUCAGUGCAGGUCCCUGCUGAAUGCCAAGGCCCUGGGUGCACGUCCUCCUUGAGCUUGCUCUGGAGUUCGCCUUGUUGGUAGAGGGUCUCAGGGCAGGGCUGGAGCAGACACAGCCGGCCUUCAGUCUUGUUCCUCCAAGCAAGUGGGGUGGGUAUGUUGGGGUCCUAUGGCUGGGCGCUGCCAUCUGUUGAAUCUGACAAAAUAAUUUUCUUUUUUUUUUUUUUUUUGAGACAGAGUGUCACUCUGUCAGCAGGCUGGAGUGCAGUGUGGCACAAUCUCAGCUCAGUGCAACCUCCACCUCCUGGAUUCACGCCAUUCUCCUGCCUCAGCCUCCCGAGUAGCUGGGGCUACAGGCACCCGCCACCACGCCCGGCUAAUUUUUUUGUAUUUUUAGUAGAGACGGGGUUCCACCAUGUUGGCCAGGAUGGUCUCCCUCUCUUGCCCUUGUGAUCUGCCCGCCUUGGCCUCCCACAGUGCUGGGGUCACAGCCGUGAGCCGCCACGCCUGGCUCGGCCAAAAUAAUUUUAUUAGCGAACUUGAGGGCAGUGCCCAGAAUUGAAGACGAAGCCCCAGAAGCAAGUUUUGCAGAGAAAAGUGCCCAGGGAAGCUCUGAGGGCGCAUGUAGCAAAGAUGAGGCUACAGUCGGUCUGAGGGUGAAUGGGCCACUCGGACCAAGAUCCCAGUCUGCGGGGAGGGCUUAGCUGUGCAGGUCCUGGCACAGUUGACUGAUGGUGCACAGAAUCUGUGCAUCGCACGGUCCCACGGUGCUGCAGCUGCAGGAGGGGCGGAGGCUGCAGCCAGACAGCAUCAGAAGCCAGCGUGGUUCUGGAAGGAUCAAGAACACCAAGGUGUUAGGGCUGCAGCAGGGGUCCUGUCCCCUGGCACCCCUCACCGCCCUAAUCUUUUACCCUUAGGAGGCAGCAGGCAGGAGGGGCUGCCCAAGGCUCUAGGGCAGCCAGUGUGGCAGGAAACACGUUCCAGCCCCAGCUAGGUACUGGUCCGUGGACCCACCUCCCAGAAAGCCCAUCACUGUGUAAUCAUCUAACCUGGGGCUCGCCGAGGCCUAUGCCUUGAGUCCACCCAAGUGGGGAUGUGAUGUUUAGAGCUGCAGCAGCCGCCCUACGGUUGGGAGUCAGAGAUGAGCCGGUGUUCCAGGGACAGUGCAGCAGAGGCUGAGCCCAGGCCUGCUGUGCUGAGAGAGGUGGCUGGAUCACUGACGCUUUGGCAGUGGUGCUGGGGUUUCUGUCAUGACCUGCAGCUGAGCCUUUUUCCAAUGACUGUGAGAUCUGAAAGACUGCUUUGAAGGACACCUUCAAAGGAAGCCUCUGCCAUGCGUGUGGGGAAUGCUGGAUGCUGCUUCCUCCUUUGCCCUGCUCAGCCCAGCGAGAGGCCAAGGCACACGUGGCUCCUGGGUGCUCAUAGGCAGCGUGGCUACCCGCUGGGCCCGUUUCCACCGAGCCGGAACCCCCCAGUCUUCAAUGCAGGCACCACGGGGGGCUCACGAGAAACCCUGCUUGCCACCUCCCACACCCCCACCCCCAGGUUCAAAGGAAAUGGCCCCUGAGCCAAGGGCUGAGACCAGCCGUGGGUCCGGCUGUCCUGGGGAGCUGUACUGGAGCCCACCACGGUGGGACCGUUGGUCCGGCGGUGACCCCCACCUCCGUGUCUGUGGCCUCAGCUGGACAGGCCACUCCCUGGGCCACAGAGAUGUUUCACCUCGCAGCCCUCGGGCACGCAUUGAGCAGAUGCGUCUGCGCUUGCAUGUGUGUGUGUGGGUGGGUGCACAUUUGUGUGUGCGUGUGUGGGUGCACAUUUGUGUGUGUGUGUGCCUGUGUGUGUGCGCAUGUGGUAUGGGUGCACAUUUGUAUGUGUGUGCCUGUGUGUGUGCAUGUGUUGGUAGGUGCACAUUUGUAUGUGCGUGCCUGUGUGUGUGCACGCGUGUGUGGGUGCACAUUUGUAUGUGCGCACGUGUGUGGGUGCACAUUUGUGUGGGUGCAAGCAUGUGUGGGUGCACAUUUGUAUGUGCAUGCCUGUGUGCAUGUGUGUGGGUGCACAUUGUGUGGGUGCACAUUUGUAUGUGUGCGUAUGUGGGUGCACAUUGUGCGUGCACAUUUGUGUGUGUGCAUGCCUGUGUGUGUGCAGGUGUGUGUGUUGCAGGCCCUGGAUGCCAGACACUGAAUAAACGCAGGAAGGCGUCUGUGUUCAUUCUCCUCGUGGGUCACUGGUCCAGAAACACCUGGGUGGAAAGUGCUCUGCGGGAACGGUGCCUCUGCCUGUAGGGGGGACCCUGGUGAGUGGAUGGGCCAGCCGCACGUGUCUUCCGGCCACUCAACACGCAGUGUUUCCAGGGGCACGAAGAGAUCAAAAUUGAGAUGUGAUUAGCUGUAGGAUUUCAUUUAAUCACAGAUCAUCCCGAGGCUAAUUUAUCUCCCCCAUGACCAUAACGCAUCAAAAAGUUGACUUUUUCCAGCUCAGCUAUGCCUCAUCUCCUUCCCACGAAGCCCUGGCAGGCACAUCCAGUGAGAAACCACAGUGGGAGUCCUGUGGCAGGGUCACCCCACUUCCGAUGCCCUCCAGCUGCGUCUUGGCAGGAAAAAGGCUGCCCAAUUCUCAUGACCUUUCAAGUCCCGGGCUGGGGCGUAGCGGUGGAGGCUGGCGUUAACCGCCGUCCAUCUCAAAGGCCUCAUUAGGGAGCUGCAAACACGAACAUCCCUGAAAUGCAAGGACACAGCGCUCGGGGCAGGGGCUGCUCACCGGCUCAUGGCCAGAGGUGAGCGGGGUCUGGGACUGUGAGGUGCUGUGGACCUCGGGGGCUCCUGAGGCAGGGACACAGCCACGGCCCUCACACCAGUGGAGCCGUCUUCCUUCCCCAGUCAGGCUCGGCCUCCUCCU